AUGCGUAACAACACUCCGCCUCAUUCACCGCAUCUACUCGGUGAGGAGGAGGAGGAAGAUGACGAGCUGGUUUACGUUGGCGAUGCAGACGAAGUGCUCGAUGCCUGGGAACGGGAGGCCAAUGCGGGCAUGGACGAAGACGAUGAAGAAGACGAAGAGCUUAUGGCCGGCGAUGAAGCUGCCGCUGGAAACCACAGCCGAUUGCCUGGGCGCGAUGAUGCCAAGCUAACGUUCAGCAAACACACAUCCCCGGUGUUCUGUGGCGCCCUGCACCCAACGGAAGACCUCGCUGUAACGGGUGGGGAAGACGAUAAGGCGUACGUCUGGAACACCAUCACCGGCGAGGUGGUGCACGAAGUGACCAACCAUAACGAUUCGGUGAUUGCGGUCGACUUUAGCCACGACGGAGCGUUUGUCGCGACGGGCGAUAUGGCCGGGUACAUUCAGGUGUUUAAAGUGAGCCAAAACUAUCGCCAAGUCUGGGAGUUUACGCUGGGCGACAUGUGCUGGAUGCGGUGGCACACGGGAGCGCACGUGCUUUUGGCCGGUGCACAGACGGGCGAGGUGUACGUCUGGCGGAUACCGUCGGGCGACUGUAAGGUGCUACAGGGACACGGUGCAACCUGCGAGGCAGCCGAACUAACGCACGAUGGCAAGAAGCUGGCCGUUGGGUACGGCGAUGGACACUUUAAGCUGUGGGAUCUUAAAACGAACACCACGGUGAUGGAUGUGCCGCCAGGGCCCGGAUCCUCUACCAGCAUCAUUUCACUAGCGGUCGAUCGGGAAAGUCAACUGUUCGUGACCGGCGGAGAUGGCGGCUGUGCGUGCAUCAUCGGGGCUAAUGGACCGGUCGGAAAGCUGGCGGAUUCAAGCGCGGCGGACAGUACGGUUGAAUCGGUGCUCAUCGAUUAUCCCGAUUUCGAGCUAAAGGUGGCGGCUACGGGAACGCUACUGGGCACGGUAACGAUCUGGGAUGUGGCGCGACAAACCAAGCGGGUCCAAUGUAGCGACGAUGAGCCAACGGGAAUCACGAAGAUGCUCUGGCUGAAGGACAGUACGAUUUGCGCCGGAACGCUCGGAGGACAGAUCAAGGCGUGGGAUCUACGAAGCGGGUCGAUGCGAUUCACGCUGGAGGGUCACUGGGACGCCGUGCAGGCCCUCGUCUACCACAAAGAAAAGAACCUUAUCCUGUCGGCAUCCGAAGAUGGGACGGUGAAACUAUUCGACGUCCCGACGGUUGAGUGACGAGAAGAUACCUUGCC